AUGGAAGGCCAGCCGGCGGACAAACCGUUUGCGGCCACGUGGUCCGCCGCCGGUACGGACGUGAACUUUGGUGAAAUUACGCGUCAGUACAUUGGCUAUCUGGCCGAUUUGCCGCAAUUCACCCUGCGCACGGGAUGCGAGGUACGCCACAUCAGCCGCACUAGUGAAGGGUGGAAGGUGACCUGCCAUGAUAUGCACGGCAACACCACCCACACGGUAGAGGCACGGUUCCUGUUCAUUGGCGCAGGUGGUGGAUCGUUGCCGUUGUUGCAGGCGACGGGCAUCCCCGAGGCCGAUGAUUACGCUGGCUUCCCCGUUGGCGGAUCUUUCCUUGUCAGUGAAGAGCCGCAGGUUGCGGGCCGCCAUCUGGCCAAGGUUUACGGCAAGGCCGAUGUGGGCGCACCGCCGAUGUCCGUGCCGCAUCUGGAUGCGCGCGUUCUGGACGGGGGCAAGCAUGUCGUCCUGUUCGGGCCGUUUGCCACAUUCUCGACCAAGUUCCUGAAACAGGGGUCGUUCUUCGACCUUCCUGCUACGGUCACGUCCAAGAACCUUUGGCCAAUGCUGAAGGUCGGGAUGCACAACUUUGAUCUGGUCACCUAUCUGGCGGGUCAGGUUGUGUUGUCGCAAAAGGACAAGAUGAAACAGUUGCGGACAUUCUAUCCGAAUGCGCGCGACGAAGAUUGGAAGCUGGUUCAGGCCGGUCAGCGCGUUCAGGUGAUUAAACGUGACGCUGACAAUGGCGGCGUGCUGAAGCUGGGGACGGAAAUCGUCAGUUCGGCUGACGGGUCUGUUGCGGCGCUUCUUGGGGCAUCGCCCGGUGCAUCCACGGCGGCCCCGAUCAUGCUGGAGCUGUUGGCCAAGGCAUUCAAAGACAAGGUUGCAACGCCCGAAUGGCAGGCAACGCUGCGCCAGAUCGUGCCAAGCUAUGGCUUGAAACUGAACGAUCAUCCUGAAGAGUUGCAACGGGAAUGGGACCGCACGGCAAAGGUGCUGGAACUGGCAUUGCCCCCGCCGCAGGUGUAG